UCGUCCCGGGCUCGGGCGGCUCCCGCGUUCGGCCCGGCUCCGCAGCGGCCCGGCCCGAUGGCGCCUCAGCGGAGAGGCGCGCCCAAGGCGCCCGAGGGCAGCGGGACGGCCGAGCGCCGGCGCGGCAGCAGCACAAAGAGUGUCCAGGCUCCACGGGAGGUGCAGACAAAGUGGUUGAGAACUGCUGUGCUGGGGGCCUGUGCCGUGCUGGCCGGGCUGCUGCUCUGGAGCAGGCUGGGCGGCGACGACAGCAUCACGGAGGUCCUGGCUCACCGCAGCGAGAUCCUACCUGGCAGGUUCAUUGAGGUGCCCUGCUCGGAGGACUAUGACCGUCACCGGCGGUUUGAAGGCUGCUCCCCGAGGAAGUGUGGCCGGGGCGUCACCGACACCGUCAUCAGCAGGGACGAAGCCCAGAGGAUCCGCAGCAUAGCCGAGAAGGGGCUGUCCCUGGGAGGAUCUGAUGGAGGGGCGUCCAUCUUGGACUUGCACUCAGGAGCCCUGUCUGUCGGGAAGCACUUUGUGAACCUGUACAGAUACUUUGGAGAUAAAAUACAAACCGUCUUCUCAGAAGAGGACUUCCAGUUGUACCGGGAUGUGCGGCAGAGGGUCCAGCUCACCGUCGCCCAGGCCUUCGGCAUCAGCGCAUCCGCACUGCACCUCACAAAGCCCACGUUCUUCUCGCGCAUCAACAGCACGCAGGCCCGGACGGCGCACGACGAGUACUGGCACGCGCAUGUGGACAAGGUGACCUACGGCUCCUUCGACUACACCUCGCUGCUCUACCUCUCCGACUACCUGGACGACUUCGGCGGCGGCAGAUUCGUGUUCGUGGAGGAGGGAGCCAACAAGACAGUGGAGCCGAGGGCAGGCCGGGUGUCCUUCUUCACCUCGGGGUCUGAGAACCUGCACCGUGUGGAGAAGGUCCACUGGGGCACCCGUUACGCCGUCACCAUCGCCUUUACCUGCAACCCUGACCACGGCAUUGCGGACCCUGCGUUCACAUAGCCCCGGCCAUGCCUUCCCCCCGCCCCCCCGGGAGCAGCCACACUGAGCAUGGGCCCCUCCCGCCACUUCAGCCCUUUCCCAUUGAACAAGGUGCCUUAGGAAUCACCCGGA